AUGGGGAGGAAUCGCGCGGCAUCGAAUGCCUCCACCAGGAGUGGUGAGCCGCCUAUACAAGAGCUGGGAAGCAUGUAUGACUACCUAGCAAAGAUUGUAUUGCUAGGGCCUAGUGGUGCGGGCAAGUCUUGUUUACUGCACCGCUUCGUAAAAAGCGAAUGGCGGGUCUUAUCCUCACAAACAAUCGGCGUCGAAUUCUCCUCGAAAAUCGUCCAUAUCUCCGACCGCAAAACGAAUUCAUCGUAUAGAAAGCGUAUAAAACUACAACUUUGGGAUACGGCCGGCACAGAGCGCUUUCGCUCCGUCUCGCGAUCCUACUACCGCGGAGCCGCCGGCGCGAUAUUAGUCUACGAUGUCAGCAGCUGGAGAAGCUUCGAACAGCUGCAAACGUUCUUGAAUGACGCGCGCGCCCUGGCAGGUCCAGAUAUAACGAUAAUACUCGCGGGCAACAAGAAUGAUGUCGUAGAUGGACCUCCAGCGGGCUCUGGACAAAGCUCAUUUGGAAGUUAUAGCAGUACACCGUCUUCAGAAAGCGGUCUUCCGCCACCAACGCCCUCUUCGCAAUCCUCGUACGCACCGUCCUUGAACACCAACCUCCACGCAUCAUACACAGUCGCACCCGAAGGCCGCGAAGUCCCCGCCGAAACAGCAUCGCGAUGGGCUGGACAGAAUGGAAUACCAGUCGCCGUCGAAGUAUCGGCACUGAACGGCGAGAACGUGGAGGAGCUGUUCAACCGGCUUGCAAGAAUGAUCUUAACCAAAAUCGAGCUAGCCGAGAUUGAUCCUGAUGAUCCGGCGAGCGGGAUACAAUAUGGAGACUUGGGGUGGGAUGAUGGCAGUGGAAGUAUCAAGAGCGGAUAUGGAGACGAUGGCAUGAGAUAUCGCAGGCGAGGAAAGAAGACGGGGACAUCAAGCGAAUGGGGUGACGUCUUCCGGUUAGGAGGCAGUAGGAGAAGAGGAGGCUGUUGUUGA